AUGAAGAAAAGGUAUUCUAAAGAGAUCAGGAUCCACAACGCUCCAAAGGGAGGGAAGGGCAGAAACAAGAAGAGAUCAGGAAGUUCUGACAAUAUUCGAAGAGGAGAAAAGGCAGAAAGAGAUGGCAAAAAGAAGCAGUUUAAGAGAAAAAAAGGCAUGGAGACUAAAGAAGAUCUUGACGAACAACUUGAUAAGUACUGGCUUAAAGGAAAGAAGUAUGAUAAGGUUGAGAAAGAACUCGAUAGAGAUCUGGAGGAGUAUAUGAAUACGAAGAGAAAACUGCAGGGCGAGGAGUCUAUUACUGACCAACACACUGAGGCUCAGGGUGCUGACCUCCAGAGUUUGAACCAGAAUAUCGAGCAGAAUGUGAAUUAUAAUCAAAUUCAGCCAGGUCAAGAUCUUCAAAAUUUGAACAACCAGAUUUCAAUGAGUAAUGUUCAGGAUUUAAACCAGGAACAAACUUUAAACACUGGGCAGACUCUUGACUCUCAACUCCAAGGAGGGGACACUACCCAGUUCCAGUAUACUCCAACUGGUCAGCCUGAAGGAGGGGUUCAGUACGAUCCUAACUAUGCUGCUCCUACACAGGAUGCCAAUAACCCUGGGCAAGGAUACAUGUAUCAGCAAUAA